AUGGCCCGCGAUGAAAGUAACAGAGUUGAAUUCGGUUUCCGAAGCAAUGGACUGCAGCUAGUCUUUCACGUUUCGAUUGCCAUCUUGAUCGGCGUCACACUGAAGGCAACCACCUUCAACGAAGCCUUGUUAGCGGCAUCCAGAACGGGAACGUCCUACACUUAUCAAACGGCGUUUCUCGUAUCCUUUGGCUUCACCAAAGCCUUAUCAAAUGUGGUAGUAGGGAGAAUGUCAGAUGUGUACGGCCGAAAAAUACCCCACUGUCUUGGUUGGAUUGCAGGCAUCAUAUUGGGAGCCUUGCUAUACACAAUAUCCCAGCAGAGCAAUGACGACAAUGGUACAGACAACAACUGGAAUUGGUACAUUGUCGCCAAUAUCUUUCUGGGAGCACAACAGGGCUGGACUUGGACGACGAACAUUUUCAUGUUCAUUGACGUUUUGGGACCUGAAAACCGAGCUUUGGCAUCAGGCAUAUCGAACAGCGUAGGCUAUCUGUCUUCGGCCAUUACAACGUAUGUGAUUACGGCAAUGUCAAUACAGCAGUCUUUUCUGCUUGUUCUGGUAUGCUCUAUUGGUGGCUUUAUCAUUUCUACAGUGGGUAUGAAAGACACCACACAGUUCGUUUUGUUGGAGACUGGUUCAUCACCAUCUUCGGCAUCCCACGACGACGAACAAAUGAAUCAUCACCCCGACCAAGUGUCCGAGAGGAGCAACGAUGAUUUUAUUGAAGAUGAAGAAGACUUUGUGGAUGAAGACGAACAAGAAGGGAAACCAGCAAUGUCACAAAGCAGAAUACGGAAGCACGGAUCAGAGUACGAAAUGGUUGCCCUGUCCUCGUCAUCACAGAACACGUCAUUGGCAGGUUCUUCAGAACUUGAUGCUAAUCAGAUAGUUCUAUCAUCUUCUUUUGGACGCGUUUUACUACAAACGUGUUGGUACAAUCCAAGUACCGCAGUCUUAUUGAUUGCCGGUCUGAUGACAAACUUGAUCACAUCCCUUGCUUGGGGUUUGGUAUUGAUUUGGGCAAAGCGGCAGUCCCUUUCCAAGUUCCAAAUCGCCAAUAUCAGCUCUGCUUUUACCUUCUCCAAGGCAGCCAUGAUGAUUGUUGCCAGCCGUACUAGUGACAAGUGGAAAACUCGCAAGCCAGUCUUGGUCGGCGGCUUUGUGACGGCAAUGUUGGGUCUCAUCAUUACUGCCAUGGCCGAUAGCAGCCUUGCGCAAGUGAUUCCUGUCUAUAUGCUUUUGUUGAUUGGGGGUAUUGUCAUUGGCUGUGGUAUUGGUAGCGUCUACUGUGUGAUGGCUGGAUCCAUCAGCGACCACACACCUGCAAUGGAUCGGGCCACGGCCAUUGGAAUCUACAAGCUCUGGAGGGACUCUGGCUAUGCUGUGGGAGGACUGCUAACAGGGUUGUUGGCAGACAUAUUCCAUGGUAGUUUUGUGAUCACGACUGCGGUUGUUACGGGAAUGGUGGGCGUGUUGGUCAUUUGUAUAUCAAAAUAUUACAGAGAAGGGCAAAUAGCGGUGCAACACGAUGGAUUGUAA